GAUUCAGAAGCCAGCCAGAGUCCACAGUACAGCUUUGAGUCCUUACCUCAGAAGAUCUGCUUAAUCUGCGGGGACGAAGCAUCCGGAUGUCAUUAUGGUGUCCUUACCUGCGGGAGCUGUAAGGUCUUCUUUAAAAGGGCAAUGGAAGGACAGCAUAAUUAUUUAUGUGCUGGAAGAAAUGACUGCAUCGUUGAUAAAAUCCGCAGGAAAAACUGCCCAGCAUGUCGCCUUAGAAAGUGCUGUCAGGCCGGCAUGGUCCUUGGAGGUCGAAAGUUUAAGAAGUUCAAUAAAGUCAGAGUUAUGAGGGCACUAGAUGCUGUCACGCUCCCGCAGACGGUGGGCAUUCCAAAUGAAAGCCAAGCCCUAAGCCAGAGAAUCAGUUUUUCGCCAAGUCAAGACUUACAGCUGGUCCCCUCGCUAAUCAACCUGCUAAUGAACAUUGAACCAGACGUGGUCUAUGCAGGACAUGACAACUCCAAACCUGAUACCUCCAGUGCUUUGCUGACGAGUCUUAAUCAACUAGCCGAGAGACAACUUCUUUCAGUAGUCAAGUGGUCUAAAGCACUGCCAGGUUUUAGAAACUUACAUAUUGAUGACCAGAUAACUCUCAUUCAAUAUUCUUGGAUGAGCUUAAUGGUGUUUGGACUAGGGUGGAGAUCCUAUAAACAUGUCAGUGGGAAGAUGCUGUAUUUUGCACCUGAUCUAAUAAUAAAUGAACAGCGGAUGAAGGAAUUAUCAUUCUAUUCAUUAUGCCUUACCAUGUGGCAGAUUCCACAGGAGUUUGUGAAGCUUCAACUUAGCCAUGAAGAGUUCCUCUGUAUGAAAGUAUUGCUACUCCUUAAUACAAUUCCUCUGGAAGGGCUAAGAAGUCAAAACCAGUUUGAUGAAAUGAGAGCAAGCUACAUUAGAGAGCUCAUCAAGGCAAUUGGGUUGAGGCAAAAAGGUGUUGUCUCUAGUUCACAACGUUUCUACCAACUAACAAAGUUUCUUGAUAACUUGCAUGAUCUUGUUAAACAACUUCAUCUGUACUGCUUGAAUACGUUUAUCCAGUCCCGGGCACUGAGCGUUGAAUUUCCAGAAAUGAUGUCUGAAGUUAUUGCUGCACAAUUACCCAAAAUCUUGGCAGGGAUGGUGAAACAUCUUCUCUUUCAUAAAAAGUGAAUUCAAUUUUUACCUUUAAAAAUUAAAUUUUGUCGUAUGUCUGUUUUUGUUUGGGUCAGGAUUAUGAGGUCUCAAGUUCUUACAAUGUUCUUCUCAAAGCCUUACAUAUCAUAUCAUUCUGUAUAAAUUCCAGAGAAAAUUGUGAGAUUUUAACUGUUUUCAUUUAUACGGUGUAAUUAGAAUUUUAAGUGUUUUGUGUACCCAUAUUUUCUUUAAGAGUUUACAAGACUGAAAAAGUACUAAAAUUGAGGGUUAAGGUAAACUUAAUCUUAUACAUAUUAUUUCAUACCAUUUAGGUGAAGAUUUUAAACUUUUGCAUCUAACAAAUCUGUUUUAGCGAGAGAAAAAAAUCUUACACGUAAUACUAAAAAGCUAUUAUAUAUGUUCCUUUAGGCAGAUCCCUUUGUCUCUUCGAUUAUUUUUUUAAAAAUGGACCUUUAAAAU